AUGAUUGCGGAGGAGGAGGAGGAGGAGGAGGAGGAGGAGGAGGACGAAGAGGAGGAGGAAGACGAAGAGGAGGAGGAAGACGAAGAGGAGGAGGAAGACGAAGAGGAGGAGGAAGACGAAGAGGAGGAGGAAGACGAAGAGGAGGAGGAAGACGAAGAGGAGGAGGAGAGGGCGGCGGUGGAGGCGUAG